AUGAACGCUGGAUCUAGUUGGGGUACAUCUUCAGGGUUUGGUGCACAUGCAAAUCCCAGUGGAAACUUUCCAUCCUCUGGUUUCACUACUGGCCCAUCUCCUGCAAAUUCUAACUCGACAUUUCAUUUAUUCGGAGCCAAGUCUACGGGCACAAAUUUUGGUGGGCAAUCAGCUUCUAAUACUUCCUCUGCAUUUCCAGCUAGCUUGACCGGUUCUGCGGCGGCUCCAGGUACGAUUUCAAGCCUGUCGGGUAGCACGAUCGGCACAGGAUCUCAAAGCGGAGGGCUUUUUGGAAAUUCUACAGGAGUGAGAGCCAGCUCCAAUCAAACUGGAGGCAUGUUUGGUUCUUUGAAUGGUGGAAAUAAUACACCCAAUGGACAGCUCUUUGGAAGUAAUAAUAGCACUGGUUCCGCUCAACUGGGGGGUCUUUUCGCGAACUCUAACACUAAUUCCACACAAAUCGGUGGGGCGUCUAUCCCUUCAAAGCCAUCUCUGUCACUUUUUGGUGCCUCUCAACAAAAUCCGCAACACAACGAAACGUCUGCUAACUUAUUUGGGAAGCCCUCGUCUCAAAUGACCGGUGGGAUUUUCGGAUCUUCCAACAAAACUUUUGGUAACCUGCUUAGUAAUUCGACUGGUGCCAACAAUAACCAAACUUCUACUCUUUUUGGCGCCACAAAUGCACCUUUGGGUAGCUUUACGGGUAACAGUACGGUGCCGAAAACGGGGGGGUUAUUCGGAGGAUUAAACACACAGAAUACCACUGAGAUUACCAAUUCAGUAUCUUCUGGUAGCCCAUAUGGUGAGAACCUGGUGCUUAAAAAAAUCGCUCGAGCAGAGCAAGAUAUGCCCCCUUCGCUCACGAGCUUCUUUUUCGAGAAGGAGCAUUCCGCUUUGGGGGAUAACAAUCGAGUCGCGCCAUCCUCCUCUAUUAAAAGCAUUUUGAAACCCUCAAUUGUUUCUCGCUUGGCUCGGACAUUCAACAUCUUUCGUUCGCCCAAAAAUGACCCAUCCGUCUCGAACAUAGCAAAACUAAAAGGCGUAUUCAGUCAACAAAAUCGAGUGGAUGAUGAGCCAAAAAUAACAACUUCAAAUACAGAUCCGCGGAAAAGUGCCGAGAAGCCUUCCAAUUUUUCUAUCGAUACUCGAAAUGUGGGUGAUUACCGAAAAUUAGUAAUCAAGUCUACCCCUUCUAAAUUCCACUUGAUUGAUACCGAUCAAGUCUUCAAAACCAGACGCAAGCGCACAGCCGCUUUAUCACCUAAUUCUCGUCAUGUUAAUGAACAUGAUUGUUCAGACAGCAAUUUAGAUAUACUGCGUCCCUCGAAGAUUGCAAAAUUAAACAAAAAGCUGGGAAUAUCAACUGUUGGUGUUUCUGGUAAUGGAGACCGUCUUACAAACGAAAACCAAGAUCAAGAAGUGUUGUACAACGGCUAUUUUUGCUCACCAACUCUCGAGGACCUCUCUGUGUUGUCUCUCUUCGACCUUAGCAAAGUUGAUAAUUUCAUAGUCGGACGUGUUGGUCAUGGCCAGAUCUCAUAUUCAUACCCUGUUGAUAUUUCCAACCUUUUUGAGAGAUGUGGACAUGAUAUAACCAUUAUCAAGAGGGAGCUUUUUGGUCGCAUCAUCAAGUUUUCCAACUCUACUGUUCGGGUAUAUGAUGACAAGUUGUAUAUGUCACCGGAGUUAGGUCGCGAACUCAAUGUGCCUGCGACCAUCACAUUACAUGCACCUCCCAAGGCGUGUGGUAUUGAAGACCAUAUCAAAAGAUUGAAAAAUAUGAUAGGUAUGGAAUUUGUUACUUACGAUCCUAUAACUUUCAACUGGACAUUCACUGUGAAACAUUUUAGUGUUUGGGGAUUACUUGAUGACAGUGAAGCCCAAGGCGAUGAAAGUGAAGAACUUGCACGCCUAAGAAGUCUCAAGAAAAAACAAGAUCUCAAAGAACAAGAAGCAUCGAUUGUUUACUCCAGGUUGUAUCAAAAUGACAGUUAUCAUAACGAAAUAAAGCGACAAAGAAUUGCAAGUGAUACAAUUGGAAUUCCCGGGGGUUGGGACUUUGAUACAAGCACCCGAACCGGUGCUUUGAGUAUAAAAAGGAAUGUGGUGCAGAAUGAGAUAAAUCAAGAGGUUAAUGCAUUCAAAGAAAGAAAAUUUGCUCAUGCGCUUGCUGCAAAUGCCAGCGAUAUCACGAAUGACUCUGAUGAUGAAUCCAACAAGGAUAUAAAGGAAGGUCAUUUUCCUGAAGAACUUUCUUUCCCUCGAGAAGCCGGAAAUUAUGACUACCUCAAACGCAUUGUGAACAAUGCCCCAUUAAAGGCGGGCUUUAGUGACCUCGUUGAUGAGAAAGCAUAUGAGCCUGAAAUAAAUGACGAGGCAAUGCUCGACGGUGUUGACCAACAUACAUCUUUGGCUACAUGCAAAAACUGGGUCCUUCAGCUCGAAAUUGCAAAUAAUAUUGUUUCAGCUUUUGCUACGAUUCCUGCUCCUGCUGGAAACCACCAGCUGAUCUUGAACUCUGUCAAUGACAUAUUGUUUUCCGAUAUUGACAGCAGCCAGUCCAUGGAUCAAAGAGACUCGGCACUGCAUAAGAACAUGUCAGACAAACAGCUCCUACUCGAGUGUGAAAAAACAUUCUCCUUGGCAUCCGUGCCGGAAUGUUUUCAGGGGUUACUUCUUCAAUCGGACAUUCAGAGAAGAGAGAAUGGAUUCCCACAAGUUCAGUUUCCUGGUUCUGCCUCAUUCGCCUCCAUCUCCAAAAUAUUUGGAGAUGAUCCUAGUUUUGAAUUUUUAAAGCUUGCCUCAAUUAUAUUUGACAAGCCUCAUUCCAAGUCUAAAUGUCUGAGUGAUUUGUUCGCUGAUAGCAAUAUUACCAAAAAACUUGAGUCGAUUGAGAAGAAAAAAGAAUUUGCCUCUUGGUUGCGAGCAUACAAUAUUGAUAGCCCCGUUUUAAGUUCGUCUUCUGGGACCGACGAAACUUUUAAGGCGGUUUGCUUAGGUGAUAUAAAGUCUGCUGUCGAUCUUGCCACUAAGUCUCAAGAUUUACAUCUCGCCUCGUUGUUGACUCUUUUGGACUCAAACGACCCCACCGUUAAAGGUAUUGCCCGCAGUCAGAUUGAGUCAUGGGAAGAAUUUGGAGAAUCGAAUUUCAUUCCUAAGACUUCAAUGAAAGUCUGCAAGCUUUUGGCGGGUAAGCUUGGUGAAUUUCAGUGCACACUUCCCAAUCGAAUUUUAAUAGGCAUACAUGUUCUUUAUGGCAACCCCGAUGAGAGCAUUGAGGCAAGUUUCGCAAAACUUCCUGCUUCUGUGGAAGUAUGCCCCCUUAGUGAGAUGCUCUCGAUUUAUUCUGCUUGGCAGUCAGGCUCUGUAAACCAAACAGGGUGUGAAAUUGAAAAGUCGGGAUUAAGUGGCAUUGUCAAGUGGGUUCUUGUUCAAGUGUUGUCAUGCAGAGAAUCAAGUGAAGACUUGUCUAUCUUUAAAAACACUGUGGGGCUUUCCCUCGGUGAUGAACUUGAAAGGGCUAAAUUGUGGAAAGAAGCGAUUCAUGUAUAUUCUACAAUGAGUGAUGAGUCUCUUCUGAAAGAAAAAAUUAGAAAGGUGGUCAUCGAUAAUGUUGCAGAAAUUAUUCAAGAUAAACCAGAACAUGAAAGUUUUCUUAUUGAUGUUUUAAAGAUACCUCGCACUCUACUCCAUGAAGCCUAUGCAAUCUUCAAUCGUCGUAACAAAGACAUGUGGGAAUGUGGUGAAGCGUUGGUGGUUGCCGAGUUAUGGUCCGACUUACAUGAAUUGAUUUGUGACGAGCUCGGACCUUUAGCUGUCAUUGAAGAAGACUCGGCUAUGAUAUCAAGACUCAAAGCGAUUAUCUCCUGUUUUCCAGAGAAAGGUGGUAUUAUUCCAGGUUGGAAUCAAGGAGCAGGGUUUUUCGCGAAGUAUUUCGAUAUCGUGGGGGCGAACGAAAAUUAUAGUGCCCUAGAGGACUCGGAAAUUGUCUUUCUUCUUGACAAUGCAGCUAGUUUGAAACGCACAACUUCUCUCAAACAGGCUGUUUCCUUCAAAAUUUUGGCCAAGAAAAUAGGCGAUUUGGCUCUUGAGCACUACAGUGGCCAUGCUGACUUAUCACCCAAAAUAAUGGCCUUGUGUUCGGGUGAAAACGAAAGGAAUUACUUCAAAACCCGAAUUUCCUUUCGUAGAAUCACUAUCGAAUAG